UUUCCUUCUUUUUGUAUUUAUAUCGCCUAUCUCUUCAUGUUUUAGGUCUAACACGGCCUACUCGCUCUGUUCGUUUCAAGGCCGCGUCCCUGGUGAUCUUCCGCCUUACAUACCAAUCAACGGAGCCCUGGAGAUCCCCACUGCCUAUCGCAACGCUAGCGCCCAUCAGCCACCGACCACCGUCAUACCUUAUACCCCAUCGUUCGUUGCGCUCAUUUUAGUUUCUCCAACUACACCACACUCUCCCUCCAAGCCAACGCUUCGCUAUGUUUGGAAAGGGCCGAGAGGAGGCCGCUAGGGUAUAUGUUCCCCCACUGCUUGAGGAUGACGAGCGUCUCGACGAUCCCGAGGCUUCCGCAGACCUGCCGCCGCCCGACGUCGAGGCACACAGCGCUCUUCCCGUCUGGUUGCGAGAGUCAUCCAAGUCGUUUCGCUGGAGAUGGGUGCCGUUGCCGCUCCGAAAGGUCGGUCGCGCCACCGCCAAUUGGGUCAAGGGUCCCGAUCCGCCGCAUAUGCUUCUGUUGAAGCCACUGUUUCCGCGAAUCCAGGAGCUUCCAGUCCAAUACCUCGACCGUCUCUUCCCGAAGCGCAAAUUUAAGACUGUACUCUUAUUGCUGCUCUAUAUAUCUUGGUUCUUGCCUUGGUCUUUGAUUUUAUUACACUCGCGUUCUUCCGGUUAUAUCGAAGGGUACGGUCGGCCUCAGACGCUGUCAUGCUCGACGAACUUUUGGGAGUUCGGUAAUGGGUGUGGUAUUAACGGAAACGACUGCCGUCCAUUUUCUUCUUCGACUACUCCCUUCCGGUGUCCUGCGAAUUGCCGUGAUACCAAAUUACUGGAGCCUUACGUUGUGGGAAACCAUACAUACAACUACCAAGGCCUAGUAAUUGGAGGGCCUGACCCAGAUUCCUCCCAUGCGGCAAUUUACCGUGCGGAUAGCUUUGUCUGCCAGGCAGCAAUCCAUGUCGGUGCAAUCUCGAAUGAUGGCGGCUGCGGUGUUGUGAAGCUUGAGGGUGCAGCGCACUCUUUCCCAUCCGUUAAGCAACACGGUAUUCUCUCUGCCGGGUUCCCAUCGACCUUCCCGAAGGCUUUCAGCUUUCUUGAGCUAUCCUCGCCGCAAACCAGCUGCCCGUCAGAUCCACGCUGGACGCUUCUUGGAAUCACCGCUGCGGCCGUUGGCGUCCUGUGGCUCUUCUGUACAUCGCCGCCUGUCCUGUUUUUCAGUACAUUCUUCAUGGUGUUCUGCCAUACGGGACUUGUUGGAGACCCGCCCUCGGAUCCUUUCUUGGCCGACCUUGUCUCCAGUCUUCUAUCACGGCUGCUGCCAGCGUCAUUUGUUGUCUACGUACUUUAUAAGUUCUGUGCAGCGCCGCUUUUGCAGCCAAUUUCUUCGCCUAUCUACCAGCUUUCAAAGUUGUUACUUUUCCUACCCCCGCUUUUCAUUGGAGCUCUGAACAACUAUACCUUUGCGCGGUUGAUUCCCUUGCAGCGUCUGACCCCGAUGGACAUUCAAAAACAACCUGGGGCAAAGUUGGCGUUGGCUUUUGUCAUCCCAAUUGUGAUUUCGAUCAUCCUGAGCCAGGCGUGGCAAAUUCGCCAGGGAGGUCGGCUCCCACGAUAUUUGAAGAUAUACUGUACCAUGGGGCUCAUCAUCUUGAUUUUACUUCCCCUCCCUGGUCUUCGCCUUCGGAUUCAUCAUUAUAUCCUCGCCAUUCUCCUCAUGCCGGGCACCGCCUUUCCCACUCGUCCCUCGCUCAUCUACCAGGGUCUGCUGCUGGGUCUUUUCAUCAACGGAGUUGCGCGGUGGGGCUUCGCCUCGAUCAUCGAGACUCCGGCAGCUCUAGGAGAGCAAGCGCCGCUUGGAGAUGGAAUCCAUGGCUGGUGGGGUGCUACCUAUCCAAAUAUCACGACUGCAUCAGUGAAUGUCUCCCUGCCAGACUUGGGAUCGAACAACACUUAUCGCGGCAAUGGCAACAUCACAUUCGCUCUGUGGGAACACGAGCGUAUGGCAGAUCUUGCGGUGGACGGCAUCUCGGUUCUUCUUAACGACGUAGAGCGCUGGCGUGGUUAUCUCGAUGAAGACAAGCGCGGAGAAUUCACCUGGCACCGCCAUGGCCAUGAUGGCCUAGAGCUACAAACAAACCCUCGUCUGGUCAACCGUGAUUUGGACACCAACAUUGACACCAAAUCGAUUCUUUUGGAUGAUAGUGAUUCUGAUGAUAAACCCGAAGACCUAUUUUUCCGAUUCGCAUUUUUGAGAGGCUCCGAGGCUGGCACUUACAGCCCAACAGGAGUCUGGCUGAGCGAUGGCGCGUGGUCGCCCCCUGCGCCUCCCAAGAAAUAGAUCUGCUUUCCCUCUGCAUUGGACACUGAGGUUGUUUUCGCUUUUAUAUCCCGCCGCAACUUUCAAGAUAGAUUGAUUAUACACUUUUGGUUCAUGUGCUGGACACGCUGUGCCCAUUGGAGGAAUAGAACAGGCACGGCGUGUUUUGAUCGAUCUCGUUCAUGACUGGUCACGUUAAACGAAUAUAUCGCAUACUAUGAUUGCUCAUACCUAAUACCGGUAGAUAUUAGCCUUCAGAUUCAAUAUAUUCCCAUCUAUGUACAUAUAUA